GUUCAGAGAAGAUAUCACCUUAGCGUAAAUUGUCGUGAUUAAGAAUUUUGCAAACUCCCUGAUCAGUGGUUGGUUACACAACAAAGUAAGUUAGUGAACUCGUUGCGCUGCUACUGAGCUCAAUAUCGAUCGGCUGGGAGUUUUUCCCACCAGUUCGCAUUCAAAUACGCUAGAUAGAGAAAAAUAAGUUUGUCGUAAACUCCUCAGAGCAGUGUCGUUGAAAAGGGAAAGGUAAAAUCAGCGUAAACUAUGCCAGCUGAUGCAUUUUCAAGAAUGGAUUCCUCUGGAUCCGCAGCGGAAUCGACGGAGGCAAAGGACAUUCCUGCCAGCAUCGAAGCUGCCAUCCUAAGGGCAAGAACCGAAAGCGAAGGCUCAGACAAAUCCGGUCCGACGCGCUUCGUACUGCCCGGUACGUCGGGUAGCCCACCGAAGAUCCUAACCCUUGAGGAGGUACAGGAUGCCGUCAAAAACAUCGAAAAUAUGACCCUAGCCCACGAGAUCGCCAUCAACAGUGAGUUCAAGCUGCAACCGUACGAACCUCCGGAAAAUUCACUGGAACGCAUUAUCAAGGAUACAAUGCACAAGGCCUACUGGGAUGUGCUGAAGGAACAGCUGAACCGACAACCUCCGUGCUACGACAUGGCAAUCCAGUUGCUGUCCGAAAUCAAAGACGCCUUUCAGAGUAUUCUGAGCAAAAACAACGAACGUGCCCUAGCCAGGAUCAACGAGAUACUGGACGAAACUGUGAUAAGGCAACAGGCCGAGCAGGGAGUGCUGGACUUCCAAUCCUAUGCCAAAUUUGUCAUUCAUAUUAUGGCUUUGUCGUGUGCUCCGGUUCGGGACGAACAGAUUGCUAAGCUGAGAGAAAUCCAAGAUGUAACGGAAUUAUUCCGCGGAAUCCUGGAAGUUCUAGCUGUUAUGAAAUUGGAUAUGGCUAACUGUUUCCUUGAAGCUGCUCGGAACGAAGUUAUUGCUAAUUCAGUCGAGUAUGAAAAACAGAAGUUUAAACAAUUUCUGGAACUGUACAAGGAUGGUUUCCCGGAAACCGAGAAGUGGCUCAAACGAAACAAAGUUCCAGAAAGCACUGCCGAAGGAACAGCGGCGUCGACCGCUGCUCCGAACACUACCUCGACCGAGUCCCAGCAGCGCAGUUCGAAAGACACCAUUUUCAAUGCGUACUUGGAAUUGAUCGAUUGGAACACAGAGAACGAAUUUCCCGAGAUGCUGGAAAUGGAUCGGGAUCGCGUUAUCGGAUUGCAAGGCCGUGCUUCUCGCUUGUGCACCUGUGCUUCAACGCUUGCCAUCACCUGUGCUGCCAUAGCAUCGAUUGCGCAAUCGUCCGACUUACGUAAGAGCCUCGCCAAGGAACUGGUGAUUCUCGUGCAAAACUGUAACAACACCAAGGACUUAGAUGAUGCGAUUGAGAGUAUCUGGCUUCAUGUUCGAUCUGUGAUUGCUGGUCGAUUGCAAGAGCUCAAUCAGCCGAUGCUGGAUGAAAUUUCGGAAAAUUCUCUUAAAACGCAAAUUCUUCAGAUUGCCAAAAGAGAAUCACCAGUGCGAAACCUUCUAUGGAAACGGCUAUUGACUUUCAUCCUGCUAGUACUUAGGACUAACAACCCAGUCCCGGUGCCACCCGGUUUCCAGGAGUUUGCCGAUGACGUAGAAGGUUUAGCUAAGGCAUUCAAGCGCAUUUCGUAUUACAACUACGCUGUUUAUGGAGAGUAUUAUCAUGAAAUCUUGAACAAAGCUUAGACAUGGUAACCGAAACCCUAGAUUUCGGUGAAGUUCUUCCAACGGAACAUUUAUAUCAACGGGCGUAGUGAUUCCUUUGUAGCAGAAUAUUUUCAUACAAAUAAAAAGUAUACAGAGCCUAGUAUUAGUAUCAUGAACCAAACGGCAGCAAUAGCGAGUUGAAUUGUGAUAGCAAACAGUUUACUGAUCGUAAAGAAAAUUCUAGUGGAUAAUAAAAUUUGAUUGUUGGUCGUACAGUAGAAGGAACUAGUCAGCAGUUCAUUGAUUGUGGUUCUUUAGUAUUUUCGUCUACAUAUAUACAAAUAGAGUUUGCGUUUAGUCCACGAAACAUACAACUUACGUAUAGGGCCUUGCGUAUCUCUUUUUAACUUUACAAAUCGUACGUUCACCCAGUAUAUUGCGGUAUAUUCAAAUGUAACUCAUUUAUUGAUAGUAAUCCGUAAAAAAAUGCCGCCUUUUAUUCACAAUAUACUUACCAUUUCAAACCGUGCUGUUGAUGAAGACUUUCUCUCAUAAUUUGUACAUAAAAUAUAUACAUAUGUAUGAAUAAACUUCAACAUCAAACCUAA